AAACUCUUUUGUAACCACUCACACACCAUCAACAAAUAAGAGAAAUACAGGUUGAUGCUGCUGAAACAGAAGAAGAAUAGCAGCAAACAUGGAUAUUUUUUAAAAAUGGAGUUUGAAAAUUGAUUUAUAUUUUGUUUUUCUUUACUUUUUUUUAUAUGGAUUACAUUGAUGGUAGUCCAACAAAGGUUCCUGCUGUACUGGAGGAUUGAAGGCCGUGAGCUUGCUACAAUACAUCUCAGUGGAAGUUUAAUGCAGGAACAAUAAGUGAACAAUGUUAAGAAGAUUCCGAAAAACAUUUUAGGACUCCCUGUAGAAUGGCUCUAUUCACGAUAUCACCACUGAUACAUUUAUCACAACAUCCGGCUCUUUAAGAAGAGCACUGAAAGAGUGACAGAGGACUUAAGAUGUCUGACCUCAGCCAAGUUGCAGUGUACUCAGACUCUUCAGAUAUCUAUAAGAAUGUGUUCUGCAACCCUGCCUUUGAGCUGGAGGGGGAGCGGGAGGAGAGGGUGGAGGGAUUCAGGACAUCCUCGUCCACCCCUGAACCAAUCAAACCACCAGCUAGUCUACGCUUGGGUCUGCGGGGCCCGGGUUGUGGCUGGGGGGUGGUGGUGGUUUCUGCUGCGACCCUGCUCCUGUUAACAGCCCUCGGACUGGCGCUGGCCCUCAUCAUCACACAGAUUAAGGGCCAGGCUGUGGAGGAUCAAUUGCUGUCCACCAGCCCUCCAGACCAGCUGAAUGCAGGAGAUGGAGGGUCCCAUAAUCUAUCCACAAUCUCUGCUAACAGAAGUCAACAGGAAAGUACAUCUGCACCACAGCCCACUAGGAUCCCACCAUCUGAAACACGUUGUGGAGGGGUGUUGACUGACCCAGAGGGCAGUUUCAGUUCUCCAAACCAUCCUGGCUCCUAUCCGCCCAACUUGUUUUGUGUUUGGGUGAUCCGAGUCCCACCCCCCCACUUGGUCCAGAUCCAUGUUUCCUCUCUGACUGUAGAGGGGCCGUCUCCCUGUCUGUUUGACUGGCUCGAGGUGCAAGAGCAGAUAGAACAGAGCUCUGUGGUCACCAGGUUCUGUGGAAAUGUAGCACCACCGACAGUCAACACAAACAGCAGCACAGUGUGGGUCACCUUACGCUCUGAUGGCAGCAUCGCGGGCAACGGCUUCAGUGCACAGUACAGGGCCAUUCGGCCUGGACACAAGAGUUGCUCCAGAGAAGAGUUUUUGUGUGACAGUGGUCGCUGUUUGCUGCCUGUGUCUGUGUGUGAUGGUCAUCCAAACUGCCAUGACCUAACAGAUGAGGCAAACUGCACCUAUAAACACAAAGACUGUGGUGGGCAGAAAACUGGGCCGUUUGGUUCCCUAUCGAGUCCAAACCACCCCAGGCCUUAUCCCCACCAGCAGUUGUGCAUAUGGUAUAUAUCUGUUGAGGAGGGUCACGUCAUCACGCUGAGCUUCAGUAACUUCAGCCUGGAGACUCAAGAUGUCUGUGAGUUUGACUAUGUGGAGGUGCACGACAAUACUGGAGCUGGAAGGGUGCUGGGAAGGUUUUGUGGUACGAACUUCCCUCCAGACCUGACCUCCUCUGGUACCCACAUGACUGUUAUGUUUGUGGCUGAUGAGGGAGUGGCCGACAGCGGCUUCAACGCAACAUACAAGGCUGUGUCUGUCCUAGGCAGGACAUGUGGUCCCAGCCAGUUUGCUUGCAGUACUGGAGAGUGUAUUCAGCAGCAGUGGCUGUGUGAUGGAUGGAACGACUGCUCUGACGGAGCAGAUGAGCAGGGCUGUGGCAACUCCACCUACCCCCCUUUCACUUCAUCGUGUGAGUUUAUAGAGGUAGAGAUGUGUCAAGGCCUCAGAUACAACCUCACCUCAUUCCCAAACAUCUGGCUGUCUAUUGCUGAUCAGAGAGAAGCUGCCACACUCUUGCGACAGUACCGGGUACUGAUGGAGCUGGCAUGCUUCGAGCCCUUGCGGAGGCUUUUGUGUGGAAUGUUUCUGCCCCAGUGCAGUCCUCAGGGUGGCAUCCUCCAGCCCUGCCGCUCUGUCUGCUCUUCUGCCGAGCAGCAAUGCAGCCAAGCCCUGGAUCUCUUCUCCUUCAGCUGGCCCUUCAACUGCCACCUCCUGCCUGACUCACGAGAUCCCAUGGAGUGCUCUCAGCCUUGAUACUUCAUGAUCACCUCCCCCACAGACUACUUUUUUCAAAUACCAUUUCACACACAGAUGUUUGGCAGUGUUUGAGAACCAAAAAGUCUGCAUUGUACAACCUGAGGACUCAUCUUCUAAACUCAGACCUGCGGGUUCACAGCUUUCAAAAGUUGUUGUAAGAAGUCCCUUUGACUUGUAGCAGGACAGCAACCCUCACUACUGUAUGUAAAGCUGGUGGUGAGCAACAGUAAAUAGCACAGUGACUAUUUUUAAAAGCUUUAAAGUUUGUAAAAAGUUUUGAUUCAGAUACCAACUAAGUAUUCCUCCCCCUCCAACUAUUUAUUGCUUUGAUGUCAGUGAUGUAAAAACAGAUCUCACUUAUAAAGAAUUAUUACAGAGAAAAUACCUUUAAAACAACCUUUAUUGCAUCAACACACCACAUGAUUAGCUUGUAUCAUUUCAGUGUUUAUAGCUGUCCAGAUUUGUUUUACUGUGAGAUCAAAAGUGGCUAUGAGCUAAAUCACCCUGGAAGCUACGAUCUCUGUCAUCGAGAGGCAAAGUCCACCCCCUUCCGGUGGACCACUGCUUGGAAUUGUGCCAUGAAUUACACAUAUGUUUGUUAAUUUAUAAGAUAAUUUUGCAAGUCAAUAAAGCCAGUUUGUUGUGAAAUAUGUUAAGACUACA